AUGACUCUGGCUAGAUCAAGCCUGGUUGUGACAGCACCGUCGGACGAUGCAAGGACACUAGCUUACUCUGGGGUGACUAUCAUUCUUGAGAAUAUAAUGAGUAAAAUGAUGACUCUGGCUAGAUCAAGCCUGGUUGUGACAGGACCGUCGGACGAUGCAAGGACACAAGCUUACUCUGAGGUGACUAUCAUUCUUGACAAUAUAAUGGGUAAAAUGAUGACUCUGGCUAGAUCAAGCCUGUUUGUGACAGCACCGUCGGACGAUGCAAGGACACUAGCUUACUCUGGGUGUGCAUUAUCACCAUUCCUUCUUGCCUGUCGACUCGGCCACCAGUCGAUAGUCGAGUUCCUGUUUUACAACGGUGCUGAUCUACGCCAGACCAGUGCCGAUGAUGAUCUCAAUUGCUUAUCCUUGGCCAUCAUGUAUAACCGGGAGGAUAUUUCGAAGUUUUUGGUGACGCAUACCGAUUUCGAUACACUCUUGGUCCUUAUGAAGACGAAAUCACAUGACCUCACUUUGGGCCCGGGACGUCGAGCACCCAAAACGUCCACGCCUAUGAGACAGCUGAUACAAUACAUGCCCGAUGUAGCUGAGAUUGUAAUGGAUAGAUGCAUCACAUUAAAUGAAAAUGGCGAUGAAGUCACGUGCUACCUGGAACUUCUCGAUGACUACUUUUCUCUUUGGGCGCAGCAGAACAAAGACAAUACUGACGUCUUUGACAACGUGGGAAAGCUACUAAGAUAUGGUAAUCGCCCAUUGGCCCUUAUGCAAGAACAAGUGCGCCACGUCCAUCUUCUGACCCAUCCUCUCUCCAUCAAGCUCAUCGAACACAAAUGGCGAGUCUUUGGAUUCGCAAUGAACUUGGUCUCGCUCCUUGUGUAUAUCAUCUUUCUAAUUUUUCUCACUGGAUACGUGUUGGUGAAUCCUCCUUCUUUCUACUUCACGUUCUACAAUGAAACCUACGUCGAUUGGUUCUACGAUCCGAGCAAGCUGUUACCUGAUGAAACGUAUUCUGAUGCUGCAAAGUAUUUCUUUGGGAGUAACAGUGCUGCAUUCCUGUUGACGUUGGUUGUCCUCAAUGUUAUCAAAGAGGUAUUUCAGUUGUACAGCCAAGGACAGAGUUACUUUAAUUACCAAAGUCUUUUAGAGUGGUCUAUCUACGUGUUGACAUUCUGUCUCGUAAUACCAGUCAGUGAAGCCCGAUACGAAGAAUACGUGUUAAGACAGAAAUGGCAAUGGCAGUGUGGUGCAUUGGCUAUUUUUCUGGCAUGGAUCAACCUCACCCUCUACGUUCGACAAACAUCAACCCUCGGUAUCUACGUCAUCAUGUUUGAAGUUGUUCUUCUCAGUACUGUUCAAUUUCUUGUCGUCAUCUUGCUCUUGAUUGUGGCAUUUGCUUUGGCCUUCAACGCCUUACUUUUAAAUCAGACUGAUUUCCAUUCGUUCGGGAACGCCUUUCUUCGAACGUUUGCCAUGACGACAGGAGAGCUGGAUUUCAGUCGGAUGUUUCACUCUCAGAACUACCUUGGGACUACGAAUGACAGCCCAGUCGAAGAGUACAUUCUGACUGCUGUCUUCUCAAACACCAUCACCAGCAUCACCUUUGUUGUCUUUGUCAUCACGAUGCCCAUCAUUGCCAUGAACUUGUUGGUUGGUGUGGCCGUUGAGGAUAUUCACCGCAUAAGGCAGAAGGCAACAUUCUAUUACAUGAAGUUAAAGGUGGAUCGUGUAAUAUCAGGAGAGAAUAUGGCUUUUGGUACCCCACUAUGUAAAUACGUCAUAAGAUGGCUUCCUAUCACGGUCCAGUCAAUGAACAUGCGACUUUCACGUCAAUCCAGAGCAGCAAGGUUUCGUUCUUGGUUUACUUCUGUCUUCGAUUUUGAAAAGCUUCGAGAAAGCGUUCGAGAGGUCUGUUUGAAGAACCAGGAGAGAAAAGAACUUCGCGCAAAGAGUUCAUCUAGCAGUCAGGGUGACCAGACCGAUGGUGGAACUGACCAAACCGUACUUCAAAAGCUACGUCAACUGCGAGACGAAAUCGAUGGAAUGAUAGGUCAAGUUGAACAUAGUACUGCCUAAAUGUAUAGGCAAAGUAAACAGAAACGGCGAGCGGAAUUAUGCACGUCUGUGCUAAAUAUUCAUUCUACAGAUGUCUUUCUCGAGUUUCCACUCCCUUUAAUUGUUC